AGAAAUUUUACUCAAGAGUAGAGAUACUUCAUUAUACAUUUACUCAAGUAAAAAAUGCUGCUUAGUAAAAAUACUCCUAAAAGUAAAUGUAACUAGUUACUAUCCAACUCUGAUCACAAACUUAAUUUUGAUGGACGCUUGAGUCCCAUUCGUCUGGUUGUCAUGGCAGCAGAAAGAGGGAGUAUAAAGGAAGUUUUAGUGAUGCAUUAAUUCUUUCGUCGUCCUCCGCUCUGCAGGCAGUGCUGCAGGAAGCUGGAGCCGUGUGGUGCGGGGAUGUGGGUGGGGGAUGGAGGUUUAUAGUUAUCCUGUAGUGACGACUCGCUGACAUCAGGAGCAGAACAGAGAGAUGAAGCGAAGGUAUUAGGAGCUGGGAAAUCCCCACCCACCGCAGACGAGUGAUUCUCAUCAAGUCGCUCCACAAAUGAGGGCAGCGCUGUCCUGUGAUGGAGACGGGGAACAUGUGGAGGGGUUUGUGGAAGUAUUUCAGGAAAAUGACUGAGGAGGAGAUGAAAUAACCAGAAUUUGUUUUUCUUCAUUUUAUUUUUCUACUUUUGUGCCUUGGUUGUGUCAAACAAUGGAUUUAACUAAUUCUCUUAAACUGACAGCAUUAAGAGUCAUUUUAAAUACUUAAUAAAUUAUGUUUUUUUUUAACAUGAUCUUUGGACUUUUACCUUUGGAUGUUUUUAAAAAGGCUCUGACCUAAAUGUUUUGGUGCCAUGCCGUACCAUGAUGAAGAAUACCCGGGUCAGCCCCUGUGGCAGUCUGUGCUGCUUUUCUGCUGCAAGGGGAUGAUCGAAGGGAUCAUGGUGGUCCUCUUCUUCUGGCUCCUGGUGCAAGUCCUCUUCACCAAACAACUAGAAGUUCAUCUUCAGGUUCUUCUUCUGGUUGGACUGAUCGUGUUUUGUCUGUCUCUGCUGCUCGGAUGUUUUCUGUGCUGGAAAAAAAGUGACAUCUGUACAACAAUCCCUAAAUCAUUUACCUCAACUCAGACUUUUGCUGAAACUUCCACCUCAGCUCUGGAAAUACCUCUCCAACAACAAGCUUCUGGACCCCGGCUGGUGUUGGGCGGAGAAACGCCGGAUUAUCCGUCCACGUUUACUAGCCCGGCUCUUUCCGAGAGUGAACGUUCACCUUGUGUAUUUUCUGAUCAAACCCAACCGGACAGCGAUGAAGAUGACCAGGCUGCAUCUCGUUUUUCUCUGCGUCGCUUCAGCUCGCCACUGCAAACAGCUCCGCUUUACAAACCUAUUCACCCGAGCCGAGCUUCCCUGCCGUCGCUACCCAAACUGGGAACGCUGACCAGAACAUGUAAGGCCAUGCAGAGGCGCUGCACGGUGGCUGGAGAUUACAGAGCGUCCAGUGUACGCAGCAAACUAAUCAGGAUCAGUAAUAACUCACAUUUAAUUCCCCUGGCUUCGCUGAGCUACGGCUCCAGCGCUGCCUGCAACAAACCUUUCCUCCAUUUCACUGCGGCCUUUUCUCCAGACCAACAAACACUGACAGUCACCGUGUUAAACCUCACUGGGAGACCUCAGAGACUAGAGGACGUGACUGUACUCGGCAGUCUGCCACCUUUGCACACCUGUCCGACUCGGAGCAGCUUCAGCCCCGAGUCCAACAGCUCGGUGCUGAUUCUGAAGGUGAGCUCUCUGGACGAGCUCAAAAACUGUGAACUGCGACUGAAUCUGUUUGUCACUGAAACCGUCUCUUUAGGAGGCGUGGUGGUGAGAUGUGGAGAAAGAGACUGGAGAUCAGAGAAUCCGCUGCACUUUAUGACAGAACUCAUGAAAACUGAAAAUGUACCUGCGAGCUUGCUUUAACUUUAACGCACUGCAAAAACACAAGUAUUUUUGGUUGAGUUCUAUGCAAAUAUCGUAGUAUACUAGAAAUAAGACAAAACUAACUUUUAAAAAGGUUCUCAUUAUCACUUAAAAUGUCUUGUUCCAUUGGCAGAUUAUUUCACUUAUAACCAGUUCCUUUUUCAAAAAUAUUAAACCUACAGAAUUAUUAUUAUUAUUAUUUUUAUAAAAUAUAUAUUACUCUCCUAACAGUAUGAAACAGAUAGUCUGAAAAAAAUCAAGCUCAUCCACCUUCUUGCAGAGCUACUUUUGCCAUCUGAAGAAAUGCACAGCUCCCGGUCAAAAAUAUCCAAU